AUGGCCGUGUCCAGACUCUACGAGCCAAGCCAGGAUUGGCCGGCUUGCACGCUCAGCUAUCGUCGCUUCCACCUGCUAUGGACACUUCCGCUCUGCGCUCUACUCUUCGCCAUCGCUCGUCCCUUUCUCACCAAACUCGAUCGCGCAAAGCUCAUUCUGCUUCCCAUCAUCGCUUUUGUGUGGACGACGCCAUGGGACAAUCUCAUCGUGCGUAACCGCGCCUGGUUCUACCAUCGCCACUGCAUAUGGUUCACCGUCGGCUAUGUGCCCAUCGAAGAGUACUUCUUCUUCGUCGUACAGAGCCUCAUCUCCACCUUGUGGUGCACCCUCCUCACUCGUUGGACGUUACCCAACCUCUAUCUCACGCCAUCGUCACCGACGCGACGCUCCUUGGCUACACCGGCGCUCGUGCUGUGCGCGCUCUCUCUCGUAUUCGGUCUCAAGGCUGCGGUCCCAGAGACGCAUACUUACUACUUUGGCAUGAUCUCUUGGUGGUCAUCUCUUCCGCUGGCGCUGCUUUUGUGGGGGUCGAUUGAUUUUGUCCGUAACAUGGGUGUCCGAGUUGGCCUGCUACCCUUUGCGCUCUCCGUUCUCGUCCCAACCUUCUACCUCUGGGGCUCCGACGUCUAUGCGCUGCGCAGGGGAACCUGGCACAUCAACGAGGCGACCUCGCUCAACGUCUUCCCCAUCCCGGAUCUGCCCAUCGAAGAGAUGCUCUUCUUCUUUGUCACCAACCUCAUCCUAGUCAGUGCCUGCUUCACGUUCGAUCGCUGCGUCGCAAUCUGCAGACUAUCGGCUUCGGACAAUUCGCCCCCCUUGUCGCCCAGCUACUUACCCCUUGGCUCACUGGCCACAUAUACCAAGCUCUGGGCCGCCUUUGUCCGCUCAGAUCACCAUCCUCUUCCAAAGAGCGCAGCAAGUGCGAGCGUCGUACCAAGCGACCUCGCUGCCUCGCUCAAGGUUUUGCGAGCCGCCUCCAAGUCAUUCAACGCCGCCAGCCUUCUCCUGCCGUGGGACCUCCGCACCGACCUGGGAUGCUUGUAUGCCUUCUGCCGCGUUGCUGACGAUCUGGUGGACGACGAUGCCGAGGGCCUGGCGGCCAAAACCAAGAACCUCCAGGUCAUUCGAGACAUUGUCGAUGCCAUCUACGCCACCUCCAAGAUCGACCACAAACUGUCAGCAGAAUCGAGUCAGCCUUCGGCAUCGAUUGGCGAGCGCAUCAGCGCCAUGCUCUCACCGCUCUCACUUUCCGACAAGGUCAAGCAGGACACGCGCGCAGCAGCAGCAUCAAUAGCUCCGCUUACUCGAUACAUUCCCCGACGGCUCUGGUACGAGAUGCUGCAAGGCUAUACUACCGACUUGCGCUUUGAGCAUCCGGAUGCAGAUCAACGGACGCGCUUGCGCAGCAUGGAUGAUCUCGUCGAGUAUUCGCAGUGCGUAGCAGGAGUGGUGGGAGAGAUGUGUACUCGAGUCAUCCUGGGUCGAUGCGGCUCACCGGUGCCACUGGAUCUCCAAGUUGAUCGACGAAUCGCGGCAAGUUCGACAAAAGCAAAGCAGAAAAGCAUCCAUUCGAGUCUGCUCGAUCUCACGCAGACGGCAGACCUGCACGCUCUCCUGUACGAGGCGAGGCGCAUGGGUGUCAGUCUGCAGCUCGUCAACAUUGCGCGCGACAUCGUCCCGGAUUCGGUCGAGUUGCGUAGGUGCUAUCUCCCCGCAGACAUGUUUGACAGCGAAGACGGCGAGAUGCAAGACGCUCUGUUGGACGGCAAGAUCGCCGCGCCAAAGCAAGAAAGUGAACCGAAAGGUGUCGCUGACGGAAAGACGCUGGUUCGACCUCAAGAUGUGCGCAAAUACGCGCUGCGAUUGCUCACGAUCUCGCAACGACUCUACGACGAAUCAUAUCCAGCACUGGGUCAGAUCCCCAACCGUCCAGCGCGUGCCGGUUUGAAAGCCGCCUGCUCUGUAUACGCCGCCAUCGGAACGCGAAUCGAAGCGCAGACAGAGCAAGAGAUCGCUUCGGGCAGAAGGGCACGCAUGUCCAACCUGGAUCGCAUCCUGCGUGCCAUCUCUGCUGUCUAUUUCGGCGUUUGA